CGGACCAACACUGCAACCACACCAGCUGUAGACCAUGGCUACUCGAAGUCGGACCCUUUUAUUUCUCCAGUACCGCAAUUCCUUUGCUAGAACUGGAACUAGGAGACCAACACGGCCACUUGGUGUGGAUACGUCUGAACGUGCUGGCCUUAUUGCCAAUGAGGUCGACCAGAGCACAGAAGUGGUGGUGGAGCUCUCCGUAUUACCCCCAAAAUGGAUUGACAUUGUUGACGAGGUCGAUGAAGACGUCGACCGUAUCAAGGCGCGACUAACCGAGUUGGAAGCUCUACAUAAGAAACAUCUACUACCUGGGUUUGAUGAUCGAUUAGGAGAGGAGCAAUCCAUUGAGCGACUUACGACCAAUAUCACCGAUAUGUUUCGUGAAUGCGAGCGGAAAGUGAAACGUAUUGCGAAUGAGAGCCAAUAUGCGCCUGCAACAUCGAAACAAAACCAGGUUUUGGCUCGCAACAUUCAGACAUCUCUUGCAACAAAGAUGCAAGACCUCUCCAGUGCGUUCCGAAAAACUCAAUCAAAUUACCUGCAAAAACUUCGCGGUAGGGAAGUUCGCAACAAGGAUGCGUUUGCAAUGGAGUCGGGACCAUCAGACUCCCAAGAAGACGAUUUAGAUGCGGUUUUUACAGAUGCGCAACUUCAAAUCGUACAGAACAACGAGCGAGCAAUCACAGAACGAGAGAAGGAGAUCAACGAGAUCGUUAAAUCCAUGCUUGGGGUGGCGGACAUUUUCAGAGAGUUGCACACAAUGGUGAUUGACCAGGGGACAGUACUUGAUCGAAUAGAUUACAACAUUGAACAAGUCAAUGUUCACAUGGAGGACGCACAUAAGCAAUUGCUGCAGGGAGCAAAGUACCAGGACAGAUCAAAAGCAAAGCUUUGCAUCAUCCUGCUUGGCAUAGUCGUAUUUUUAUUGUUUUUGAUUCUAGUGUUCAAACGACGGAGUACUUAAUAUUAAUCAUAUGCAUACAUGUCUGGGGAGAUCGUUUUAUGAUAGCAUUGAUACCCC